AUGGGCGAGGGUUUCUGGCUCGUCUCGGGGCUCUGGAUGGUAGACGGAGAGCCAGCGUCAAUGUGGAUCCGCGAGUAUCUGGACCCUGUCACGGGCAACAUGUCGUGCUUUGUGCCGCGCGUCAUCGAGGACGUCGCCCAGCUCGCAUAUGAGGGGGAGCUGGUCCAGACGCUCGAAGGGAUCGAGGCGGCCUUAUCAAUUGAGACGUAUACUCAGGAGUGGCUGUUGGAGCGCGGCGAGCUGACCAAGAGUUCGUUCACCUUUGACCAGUAA